CCCGCCCAAAUAAAUCCCACGUAUCACUGUCACCUCAACCCUACAACUUCAAAUCCACUUCUUACCCGAUGAUGCUCUCUCUCAAGGCACGCCCCCUUUUUUCCUCCUCAUUUUUCCUCGCUUUCUCUCCUCCCAAACGCCUCUCUCAACUCAACCUCCCUUUCCUUACCAGGUCCCCUUCCAGAUCCUCACCUUCUACCCUCUCAGUCUCCAUGUCAUCCACCACUCCUGCACAAACCAUCGAGCACGUUGUCCUCUUCAAUGUCAAGCAAGGCACUGACCCUGCCAAACUCAACGCCAUGCUCAGUGGCCUUUCUGCCCUCACUUCCCUCGACACCGUCCUUCACCUCACCGCCUCUCCCAUCCUCUGUAAUAGAUCAUCCGCUUUCUCCUUCACCCACAUACUCCACAGCCGAUACGCCUCCAAAGACGAUCUCAGCGCCUACGCCGCACAUCCCAACCAUUUAGCCGUGGUUAAGGAGUCCGUCUUGCCUAUCUGCGAGGACGUCAUGGCCGUCGAUUGGGUUGCCGAUCAUGUCCCCAUCCCCGUCGGUAUAUCUCCGGGUUCCCCUGUCAGGAUCACGUUCCUGAAAUUGAAAGAGAACGUAACCGAUGAAGCGAAAGAGCAGAUUUUUGGGGUCGUCAAAGGGAUUAAGCACAACUUCCCCGGUAUCUCUCAAAUCACUUGCGGCGAAAACUUCUCUCCUGGUAGAGCCAAGGGGUUUUCUAUCGCUUCCAUUGCGGCGUUUAAGGAUUUGGGCGCAAUGGAGGCGGUGGAAUCGAAUGAGGAGCUGGUAAAUCUGCAGAAGGAGAAGGUUAGGGAUCAUCUGGAGAGUGUUAUCGUGGUUGACUUUAUUGUGCCUUCUUCUUCGCAGUCUUCGAGCCUUCGCCCCUCAAGAUGAAACAGGUUUGUAGUUUAGUUUUUUUGAACACCCAUUCUCUUAAAUUAAUCAAUGUUUGAAGCCACUUUAGAUAUGUUUCAUCUUGAAAAGAAGAUGAUGGUGGGCUGUUCUGCCUAGUGGCUUUGUGAGUAAGUCUGCGAGUUGCUCUUUUGAGGUAACAUGCUCUGUUUUGAUAAAACUACUUAAGAUUUUGUUGCGAAUAAUAUGACAAUCUAUAUCGAGGUAUUUUAUUCU